CGCCGCCGCCGCGCUGUGCCGCCAACGUCCGUCCCAUCCCUCCCCGCAUACUUAGCAAAAUAUGGAGUGUUUUGCGGGUGUUUCCAGAGGAUCUAAAGCCUUGUUAUGUACGAGUAGAUUGGGGAGGUGGAGGAGGAAGGGAGAGGAGGAGCGUGGAGAAGAGAGAAGAGGAGAUGGAACUUUAAAAAGAAGAGACGUGGCAGGAGACUGUUUGUUGACAAGAGGAGAGAAAGAAGAAGAAGAGGAGGAGAUCAACACGAGCAUUUCCACUCGUCUUCCAUUCCUGACACUCUUGACAGUCUGACAGAAUGAUCUCCGACGUGCAGCUGGCCGUGUUCGUCAACAUUCUGGGUGUGUCACUGUUCCUCAUGGUCGUGUUGUACCACUACAUCGCCGCCAACAACCCCAGGAGUCACUAGCAAGGUGGUGGGACCCUUGGGGAGGACGCAAGGCAGCUUACUGGAGGGAAGCAGGAGGAGGAGGAGGAGGAGCCACCAUGGUGAAGAGAUACUACUGUGACUUCUGUGACUGUUCCUACCCAUACAGUGAUGAGGCAUUCAGGAAGCACCGCACUGGCCACCACCACAUCAAGCGUCGCAGGGCUCACUAUGAUCAGUUCAAGAAUGCACGGGAGAGGCUGGAGGACGACGCCAAGAAAAGCAAGUGUCGUCGUUUUCUCUCGGGCCAGGAGUGUUCUUUUGGUGACUCCUGCGUGUUCUCCCACCUCACCCCGGCCGGCACCGAGGCACUCCAAAAGCUGGCACAAGAGAGGAGGAACUAGAACACAAGAUGCAAAUCCCAACAGCACAAAGGGAAGGACUGGAUCUCUCUGUUGACUCCUGGCUCAAGAAAAGAACAGUGUCUCUAACUGAUGACCCUGACACCAUGCCUGGCCCUGCUCCUGACCCUGUAGAGAUCCUGGCACCUCUCAACACCCCCCUGCCACCUGCUCUCCUCUCCCUUCCUCACCUACCCCCUUCUCUUGCCCCUGUGACACCUCAAUGUUAUCUUCAAGGGGAGUUUGCUACCUGGGGUUAAUUUGGGUGGGUUUAAAUGGAUGAAUUGUUUUUAUUUUUCUUUUAUUUGGAAGGUUUACAUGGAGCUAUGAUACAAAUAAAUGUUGGAAAGUGA